AUGUGCUUUGAGGUGGUUCGUGUUCUGCUGGCGUUAGAAGUGAUACUAGCGUGUCACUACGUGCCUCCGAACCCGGAACAGGUUCUGGUUGGGAAGACGGAGUAUCCAGCACAAUCCCGAUCAAGACGAGAUGCAUCGUGGGAUUGGAUACGGAUUAAAAUAGAAUACGACGCUUCAGUCAACCAGUUAAAUGAAGAGAAGAGAAAAAUGCUAGAACGUCUUGUCGCUGUUGCUCAUGAUUAUUUUGAAUCUACAUUGAAAGUGAAACGCCUGCUCAGUUUACAGUUACCUCAGUGGGUAGUUCUCCAAUUCUUUGUUGUGUUGAGUAUCAUGACAGAACCCUUCCCAUGUUGA